UGAAUAAACUUCUGGAAACAAGCUGCUGCUCAUAUUGCCAUUGCCAUUGUCCUUGAAUGAUACCAACUUGGCCUGAAGACUCAACACUAGAACCCAGCACUGGAGGAGAACACAGUUUGAUGCUCAGGACCUGGAUACCUAAUCUGAACCUUUAUCAAGUCUGAAAAGAGAAACUCUCCCUUCUACAUUUUUUUUCCCUGAAUCUUAUUACUGCACAAAGAGCUAUCCAGACCUAAGCACAUUGGAGACCUGAGUCAGCACUGCUGCAUUGCCAGUGGUGGUGGUGAUGUCCCCCUCACUGCAAUGGUUGUUGCUCCUUUGUGGACUUCAGGGUCUCUGGGCACAGGACUAUGAUGAUGACUAUGAGGAAGAGGCGGUGAGCACCAGAAGGAAGAGCAAAGUGUAUUCAGGAAAUGCCAUUCCAAACAAUGGCAGAUCGCUCAUCGAUGAAGACUGCAGUCUGGAGUUAGCCUUUCUGAUCGACAGCUCCGAGAGCGCCAAGGACAACCAUGAACAGGAAAAGCGUUUCGCCUCAGAUGUGAUGGAUCGUCUGCAGGGUCUCCGUCUGCAGACUGGCCGCGGCCUCAGCUCGCGUGCAGCCCUCCUCCAGUACAGCAGCCAUGUUAUCACUGAGCAGACGUUCAAACAGUGGAAGGGCACUGAAGACUUCAAGGCCCGAAUUGCUCCCAUCGUGUACAUCGGUCACGGCACCUACGCCACCUAUGCCAUCACCAACCUGACCCGCAUCUACCUGGAGGAGUCAGGUCCCAGCACUAUUAAGGUGGCCAUUCUGCUCUACGAUGGCAUAUCCCAUCCCAGGAACCCAGAUAUCUUUUCGGCUGUGGCGGAUGCCAAGAACCAAGGUGUCCGUUUCUUCACUAUCGGCAUCACACCUGAAGCCAAUGAGCCCUCCAACAUAGCCCAGCUGCGGCUGAUUGCUAGCUCACCAGCCUCUCGCUUCCUUCAUAAUCUGCAGGACAGAGGAAUAGUGGACAAAGUCAUCAAAGAGAUUACUGAGCUGGCAGAUGAAGGGUGUCCCCUUGCCCUGAGCAAGUGCGCAUGUGAGAAAGGCGAGAGGGGACCCAGCGGCCCGGCUGGCAAGAAGGGUCGUCCCGGAGAGGAUGGAAGCCCCGGUUCAAAAGGACAGAAGGGUGAGAGCGGGCUCAGUGGACUUCCAGGUCGAGAAGGGGCAGAGGGAAAGCCGGGAUACAAAGGAGAGAAGGGGGAGAGAGGGGAAUGUGGCACACCUGGAAUUAAGGGAGACAGAGGUCCUGAGGGUCCACUUGGGGGCAGAGGAAACCGAGGACCACAGGGUUUGCCUGGUCCACCUGGUGAUAUCGGAACUGAAGGUCCUAUGGGUAAAAAAGGGGAACGGGGACUUCCUGGGCCACCUGGAAUCCAAGGGGAAACAGGGAUCGGCCUUCCGGGACCCAAGGGAGAUGUUGGUUUCCAGGGGCGACCAGGCCCACCGGGACCACCAGGCCUUGGGGAACCAGGAUUACCAGGGCCUCAAGGGCCACAGGGGAGCCAAGGGGAGAAAGGGCCAAUUGGCGAGGGUCUUCCAGGACCAAAGGGAGAGCGAGGCUUGGAGGGGCCACGGGGGCCCAGAGGACAGCCAGGCGCUGGAAUCAAAGGGGACAAGGGGGAGUUUGGCCCUCCAGGCCUUCCAGGGCCUAUUGGCCUACCUGGGGCAGGCAUACAGGGGGAAAAGGGUAUGGAGGGGCCAAGGGGGCCACCAGGAAGCAGAGGCCCUGUAGGAGAGGGUUUACCUGGACCCAAGGGAGACCAAGGGUUGCCGGGGGAGGUCGGCGCUACAGGAGAGAGGGGUGCUGGCGAACCUGGACCUAAGGGUGAGCCAGGAGCAUCAGGUUUGGGUGGGUUGCCAGGUCUGCCAGGAGAGGAUGGAGCCCCAGGGCAGAAGGGUGAACCAGGCGCCCCAGGUCUGAGGGGGCCAGAGGGUGCACCUGGAAUUGGCAACCAGGGUGAGAAGGGCGACCAAGGCCAAAGGGGAAUUAGAGGCUUGACUGGUCCACCUGGCAUUGCUGGACCCUCGGGAGCAAAGGGAGAACCAGGGUCUCCAGGCAGAUUGGGUUUACCUGGUUUGCCAGGCCGCGGCAUUAUCGGACCCAAGGGUGACCUCGGCCCACCUGGUCCUUCAGGUCCAAUUGGGGAGACUGGCUAUGGACUUCCUGGUCCAAAGGGGGACCGUGGAGAUCCAGGCCCUGCAGGUCCGUUUGGUCCCAAAGGAGAUGGAUACCCUGGGCCUGUGGGCCCUCCUGGUUUGCCCGGGCUUCCAGGAGAACCAGGGCUUGAAGGAGUGGGUAUCCCCGGACCAAAGGGGGAUAUUGGUUUCCGUGGGUUGCCAGGUUUACCGGGACCUCCUGGAGAAGGCCUCCAAGGACCACCGGGCAAUACUGGACGACCUGGCCCAUCAGGGCCAACAGGGCCGCCAGGACAAGGCAUUCAGGGGCCAAAGGGUGAGCAGGGGGCCCAGGGCGUGACAGGGCCAAGGGGAGCACCUGGAGAGGGCUUUCCUGGAGCUAAAGGUGACCGUGGAUCCGUAGGGGAGAGGGGGUUGAAAGGAAUCAAAGGAGAUAUGGGUGACCCUGGACUCCCUGGGCAAGCUGGUCAACCUGGGAUCAAAGGUGAAGCAGGCCUUACUAGAGAGGACAUCAUUCGCAUGAUCAAGGAGAUUUGUGGAUGUGGUAUCAAAUGUAAGGAGAGGCCCAUGGAGCUGGUGUUUGUCAUCGACAGCUCAGAGAGCGUGGGCCCGGAGAACUUUGAAAUCAUCAAGGACUUUGUAAUGGCUCUGGUGGACCGCGUCACCGUGGGCCGCAACGCCACUAGGAUCGGCCUGGUGCUGUACAGCUUGGAGGUGAAGCUGGAGUUCAACCUGGCCCGCUACAUGACCAAACAGGACGUCAAGCAGGCCAUCAGGAACAUCCCCUACAUGGGAGAGGGCACUUACACCGGCACGGCCAUCCGGAAAGCCACCCAGGAGGCUUUCUACAGCUCCCGCACAGGAGUCAGCAAAGUGGCCAUCGUGAUUACCGACGGACAGACAGACAAACGAGAGCCGGUGAAGCUGGACAUAGCGGUGCGGGAAGCGCACGCGGCCAACAUUGAGAUGUUUGCUCUGGGGAUCGUGAAUACCUCCGACCCGACGCAGGCCGAGUUCCUGAGAGAGCUGAAUCUGAUCGCCUCUGACCCAGAUAGCGAGCACAUGUUCCUCAUUGAUGAUUUCAACACCCUGCCAGCUCUCGAGUCCAAGCUGGUCAGUCAGUUCUGCGAGGACGAGAACGGAGCCCUGAUUUACAACCGGGUCACCAACGGCUACAAUGGCUAUGGCAACAACGGCUACAACGGCAACAGGAAUGCCAUCAAUGGGAACUACGCCAUCGGUGGCUAUGGUUACAGGCCUGCGACCAGUCGGGACACGCUGAACGGCCGUCAGACUGGCAUCAGUGUUGGCACCAGCACUCACAGUCAGGGCCGAGGGGAAACCGCGCAGCACGGCAGCACAGGACAGGAUCACCGUCAGGGAGGAGGAGGGCAGAACGUCUAUGUUGAGACGUCGUCAAAUCAGGGAAGCGAUCGUGGGGACACAUUUAACCGCAACACGUCAUCAAUCAGACCCGUCCAACCUGGCAGGGAAAGUUCUACUUUCCACACAGGAGGCUCUUCUUCAUCUUCAUCUUCAUCUUCAUCAUCUUCUACAAAUAUAACUACAUCGUCUUCAGGUGGAUCUGCACAAAGACCAGCUCUGCCCAAAGAGUUUGUACCCUUGGACCCUCGCUGUGCCUUGGUUCUGGACCAGGGCACAUGUCGGGACUAUAACAUCCGCUGGUAUUAUGAUAAGCAAGCCAACGCCUGUGCCCAGUUCUGGUAUGGCGGCUGUAAUGGAAACAAGAACCGCUUUGACACAGAGGAGGAGUGCAAGAGGACGUGUGUGCUUGCCAGAUCAACCGGAGGCUGAGGGAAGGCAUCUGCCGUGCAUCUGCUGUAGAUCUCAUUUCAAGGAGGGGGCAGCUAAUACUGGCAGUUUUUCAUUGGGUUAUGUAAAAUUCUUUGCAUAAUUCCCAGGCAUAUACACUGAUGCACCAUGUCAGGAUCUGCAUUCAGAAGAUAAACCACUGAAUCUCAGUUCUAUCUCAGGACACCACCCCAAAACGCACAUACAGUACCCAACCGUCCCCUCCUAUAGCACUUAUUGUACUCAUAUAUUGUCAUUGUCCUGUUUUAAUUGCAGUAACAGAAAAUUUAGCUUUGAAAGAUAGAUACCUCUAAUGUGUGUGUUACUUUUACACACUACAAACUAGAUCAGCAUCUAACCCAGAAGAUAUUCCACCACUCCCACUCAGGAAUACAAAUGAGCAUUUGUACAACCUGUUUCCAGUUCCCCUGGGUUUUUCAAAAGCUGUGCGACAUGGUAAUCUGUGUGAAACUAUUUUGGACUUACUUACUUACAAGUAUGUAAGUGCUGCAAAGAUUGUGAAAAAGGUGUGUUGCUCAACAUGUUCAGUAAUAUCUUUGUUGCACUGGUAUCAAUCAGUCAAGCAAUGUACCACAAAAUCAUAUCAGUGGUUUAAUCUGUUGAGGUCCUUUUUUUAAAUAUAAUCACAAGAGCCAGUAACACACAGCAAAGAUGAUACCUUUCAUCAAAGCUGUCACUUAUAUCAAUAAAAUAUAUUUUUGCUUAUUUUUUGUUUAAUCAAAAUGACUGAUGCUCUGUAACGUCAAGGAACAGUUUUGUGCGUAUGAAUGUGUUUUGUUUUUUUUUCUUCAGACUUCAUGAAUGAAAAUGUGAUGUUUUGUGUUUUAUGACGCCUCAUUUAUUUUAUUUUAUUUUUUUAACCACUAACACUUGAAACUGUGUAAAGCUCAGCCUGUUUGUUCACACAAUAAUCUAAUUAUAAUACAGAAUAUUGAUGGACAGACUGUAUACACACACACACACACACACACACACACACACACACACAGAGUUGUAUACUGCCCUCUACUGGGAACAUUAGUGCCAUGAUGAUGGCAUUUGACACCAUGGGGAAACAUUUCUUUAGAUCACUAUGUCAUGUUACCCGCCUGUGCUGACUGUAAAUCAGUGAGUCCUGUAUGUUACAUUGUCAUUUGAUGUCGAGCAUUUUUAAUAAAUCUUCUCCAAACUGA